AUGGCUCGAGAUCAGGUUUUGGAAGGCAAGACAGCAAUUGUCACUGGGGGCGAACGUAUCCUUAUUCAAUAUAAUUCGAACAAAGCAGCCGCCGAAAAGGUGGUCAAACUCAUCACAGAGCGAGGUGUCAAGGCUACUGCUGCUGAGGCUGACGCAUCGUCCGCGACCUUUGGAGCAGACCUUGUUCGCGUUGCGCUGGACAAGCUCAGCAGCAGCAGUAUCGACAUCAUCGUGAACAACGCUGGAAUUGCCAUCCCUCACCCCGAUGCUGCUGCUGUCGAUUUAGAGUCAUGGGACAAGACCAUGCAUGCGAACGUUCGAGGCCCAUUCCUACUUAUCCAAGCAGCACUCCCUCACAUGCCUCGCGGGGGACGCAUUAUCAAUGCAGCCCUAAUGUACCUUUCGACGUCUAUGAAGGAUGAGCUCGCUGCCAAGGGCAUCACCAUCAACAUGGUUGCGCCAGGGCCAAUCGCCACCGAUCUGAGCAUGGAGGGCACACCGGUUGGCGACAAGCUCCUGGCCGCCCAGGCCAUCAAGAGGGAAGGCCUGCCGGGCGAAGUCGCCGAAGCAAUCUCAUUCCUGGCAAGCCCCGGUUCGAGCUUCAUCACAGGCCAGCUGCUUGCCGUGGACGGAGGCAUCCAGAAUCCUUAG